AUGAAGUUCGCCAAUUACCUGGCGGUUCUGUCACCCCUCGUCGCAGCUUCUGCUGUGAAAAUCACUAGUAGCAGCGCCCCACGAGACGCAAAAGUCAAUUAUGAUGGAUACCAUGUCUACCGGGUGUCAACCGCCAAUGCCCCCAGCGACCUCCAAUCCCGCUUAGUGUCAUUCCCCUCCAUCGACUUGAAAGAGUUCAUUGAGGUCGCGGUUCCGCCGAAUGACAUUAGCGGCUUCGAGGCUUUAGGACUUGAUACCCAACUUCUGAGCAACGACUUGGGCAACCAGAUUAUGGAAGAAUCUCGAGUCAUUAACUCUACCCCAUUGACGAAACGAGGCGGCUUGCCAAGUCUAAGCUGGUUCGACUCCUACCACUCAUAUGAUGACCACGUACAAUAUUGGCAGGAUCUUCAUGCCGCGUUCCCAAACAACUCGCAGUGGCUGGACAUUGGAUCUUCGUACGAAGGGCGCAACAUCUUUGGGCUGAAGCUUUGGGGUGGAAAACCGGCAGAGAACAAGCCCAUUGUCCUCUGGCACGGUACCGUUCACGCCAGGGAAUGGAUCACAACUAUGGUAAGCGUUGCCACUGAAAAGAUAUUGCAUGUACUAACAUCGUUGGUGAAGACCGUCGAAUACCUGACUUACCAGCUCAUCGAAGGCUAUCGGUCCGGGAACAAGAACGUCACAGCAUUCUUCGACGCUUACGACUUCUACAUCAACCGUCAACCACGCUCCAACAUCACCUGUAUCGGCACUGACGGUAACCGUAACUGGGACUUCCAAUGGAACUACCCCCUCGAGGACGGCAGCGUCUCAUCAGAUCCCUGCAGCCAGACCUUCCGAGGCCUCAGCCCGGGUGACACGACUGAGAACGUCGUUCUCUCCGCUCUCUCCCGCAAGCUAGCUGCCACGCCGGGGGGCAUUCGCCUCUUCAUUGACUGGCACAGCUACUCACAGCUCAUCCUCCUCCCUUGGGGUUUCUCUUGUGCGCCAGAUGUCCUCCCCAAGAACCUGCAGGCACAGCGUGAUGUCGGCGGCGGUUACGCAGCUGCUAUCAAUGCGACGAGUGGCGAGGAGUAUCAGGUCGGGCCUUCGUGUGAGAUCUUGUACUACUCCACUGGUUCUGCGAGAGACUUUCAUCACGGCGCACUGAAUGCUACGUAUUCUUGGAGUGUUGAGUUGAGGCCUAAGACCAGUGGUGCCGGUGGCUUCGUGCUGCCUCCGGAGUUGAUUCGGCCGACGGUCAAGGAGCACUGGGCAGGGAUCAAGUAUGUUCUUGGUGUUGUUGGCUAG